AUGCGUUCUUGGUAUGGAAGGGGUCGUUCCCUGCAGGCUGCUGUGACGGCUUGUUGUUUGGUGGCUUUUGUUCUAUUCGGAUAUGAUCAAGGGGUGUUCAGUGGCAUCGUUGGAAAUGACGAUUGGAGGAAGCAGUUUGGCUAUCCCAAUGAUACCGAAGAGGGUAUUAUCGUCAGUUGCUACAACCUGGGCUGUUUGUUGGGAUGCUUGAUCAAUUUCUGCAUCGGAGAGACACUUGGUCGCCGGAAGACCAUCUGGCUGGCGAUGGGCGUCGUGAUUGUUGGCGCUAUUCUCCAGACCACUGCUUUCACCGUGUCUCAUCUUAUCGUCGGCCGACUAGUAACGGGAGCGGGAACUGGUUUGAAAACAUCAACCGUCCCAAUGUACCAAGCCGAGAUGUGCGAAGGUAAGACCCGAGGUCGCUUGAUAUCUUCCGAAGUUCUAUUCACUGCCGUUGGCAUCGUGGUGGCAUACUGGUUUGACUUUGGCAUGUCGUUUGUCGGGGGUCCCAUUGCCUGGAGGCUUCCUAUCGCCAUGCAAAUUGUCUUUGCAAUCUUUGUCAUCAUUCUUGUCUUCGGUCUUCCUGAAUCGCCUCGCUGGUUGAUGAACCAUGACCAGGAGAAAGAAGCCAUGGCGGUUCUUUGUGCUGUGUAUGAUAAGGAAGAGCACGAGGAGUACAUUGUUAAUGAGCGCCAGGCUAUUGUCUCCGCCAUAGAACUGGAGAACCAUGCCAACAAGAAAUCUUUCUGGGCGAUCUUCCGCAACGACGAAGUCAAGACGGGCCAGCGAGUGCUACUCGCCUGGGGCAUGCAGCUCAUGAAUCAGGUUGGUGGAAUCAACUUGGUCGUGUACUUUGUCCCGACGGUCUUGAAAAGAAACGUCGGACUGAGCGACCAGCUGUCCCAGAUCCUGGGUGGAUGCAUCCAGAUCAUGUUUAUGCUCGGUUCCCUCCUGCCGGCGUUUAUGCUUGACCGCAUGGGUCGCCGCCGCACAAUGAUGAUCGGUUCCCUCGGACUCGGAAUUUGCAUGAUGAUGGUUUCAGCCCUCCUGUCACAAGUUGGCCAGCCCAACGGAACAGCCUUUGCCUCUGCAUCGGUAUCCUUCUUCUUCCUCUUCAUGUUGAUUCACGGCAUGUCCAUCAACUCGGUGCCAUGGGUUUAUGUCCCUGAGAUUCUCCCCCUGGAGGCCCGUACUAAGGGAACGGCUAUUGGCAUUAGUUCCAACUGGCUGUGGAACUUCACCGUGGUAAUGAUCACACCCGUUAUCAUCAACCGUCUCGAGUGGAAGGCUUAUUUGAUCUUUAUGGUAACCAAUUUCGUCUUCAUUCCCGUCGUCUACUUCUUCUACCCCGAGACCGGUAACCUGCGUCUUGAGGAUGUUGACCUGAUAUUCUCGCGGGGCGGUGAUCCUGUCAAGCAGGCACGCAUGAUGGCCGCUGAGAUCAAGGCUCACGGACACCUCGUGUCGGAAAAUUCGGGUAAUGAGAAGGAGGUUGAUAGUAUUGGGGUGGAGCAUAUUUGA